AAUUCAAGAUCAUGAAAUAUGGGAAAGAGCGUGUCCGAAUUUAAUUAAUCCGUCUUUUUCCAAGGCCGGCCACGUCUCCCCCCAAAAUCUUCCAUCUUCCCAACAGUACAAUAAGAACUUCGGCCCCCAACUUUUAAUGCUUCUUGGAGACUUUUUUGCUCCAACUCAAAUCUUCCCUCCUCUAAAUCCCCUGUUUUUCCAAACCCACCUCAACUGCCACCGAAUCCUGUAAAAUUCCCAAAACUCUUCUUCCAUUCUCUGUGUUUCCUUACAGCUAUGGCUCCUUCAACUCCUUCCCCUCGUCUUGCGACUCUUCUUCUUCUCGCUAUUGUUCUCCUGCAAACACAGCUGACCGCCGGCGACUUGCUGUCCUCAAUUUUCGCUCCGAUCAUGGGCAACAUAUGUGAGAACGUGGAAUGUGGGAGAGGCAAGUGUAAGCCGCUGACCAAUUCCACCAUCCCUCCGUACGAAUGCGAAUGCGACGCCGGGUGGAAGCAGACCCGACCCGACGCCAUGGACAACAUCACCUUCCUCAAUUUCCUCCCAUGCAUUGUCCCCAACUGUUCCAUGGAUUUUUCGUGCAAUAAACCAGCAGAGGCGCCGGUUCAAGACAAGUCCGGAAAGUCCAAUACCACACUUGUCGACCCAUGUAACUGGGCAGAUUGUGGAGGGGGAUCCUGCAACAAGACAUCAUUGUUCACCUAUAGUUGCGUAUGUUCAGAGGGAUACAAUAACCUUCUCAACACUUCACUCUUCCCUUGCUACAAAGAAUGUGCGGUGGGGAUGGAUUGCAAGGAUCUAGGGAUCACGGUUCAAGGCCCUCCAUCUCCAACGCCUGUGCUGUCCCAGAACGAUGGCGCGAAGAAUCAAGCAGGCAGUACAGCUAGAAGAGGGUUCUUAUUGAUGGUGUCGUUAGUGGUGACAACUAUGGCUCAGUGGUGAUAGAAAGAGAGAGAUGGAGGUGGUGGUUGCGAGCAAUGAGCAUUAGGAAGGUAGAGAAUGAUGUAUGUACUGAUAUGGAUGGACUCUCCGUUAGGGAUUCUUGUGAGGUUUGGGCAUGGCUGAUGUCUAUAAUACGUACGCUGUUUUGUUUGAUCCAUUUUGUAGCAUAGGAAAGAAUAAGACUCAUGGUUCAUGUUAUAGCUAGAGAUUGGAUAACGCCAUUGCCAGGGCUCGUUAAUAAUGAUUGAUAGUAAUAGGGACUUGAGUUGGAACUGAAAGUGCUUUUAGUUUCAGCUAUUGGUUGUAUAUCCAAAUUCUCAUGAUGGCAAUUUCGACCUGACCCAUUUUAUCCGAUCAGUUUGGCCUGUUUUGGGACGGGCAUGGGUACCUCUCGUUGACCCGACCUGCCCUGACCCGCCCCAUUUUCGACCUGUUGCC